UUUAAGAGUGCCACAGGAUCAGGUCCACAAACAAGUGUCCACGGCUUGGGACUCAGCACUUGUAGCGCACCCGCGCCCCCAACUGUCCUCUGCAAUUGCCAUGGCUUCGCCAGUUCCGCCACGCUUGCUCUACAUCGGUGGAGAGUGGGUUGCGCCUGUAAAGGGUGGCAGCCUGCCGGUCAUCAACCCCGCCACGGAGAAGGAGUUUGCCCGGAUUCCGAACGCGACCAGCGAGGAUGUGGACGCUGCGGUUGCCGCGGCCACGGCCGCAUUCAAGAGCGGCCAUUGGAGCAAGACCACGGGCGCCUACCGCGCUAAGUACCUGAAGGCGAUCGCAACCAAGCUGCGCGAACACAAGGCGGUGCUGGCCAAGGCCGAGACCAUGGACUGCGGCAAGCCCAUUGACGAGGCGUCCUGGGACAUGGAUGACGUGGCCACGUGCUUCGACUACUACGCGGGUCAGGCGGAGGCGCUGGACGGCCGCAACGGCGCCGCGCCCGCCAUCGAUGUGGGCAUGUCGGAGUUCGACGUGCGCGUGCGGCGCGAGGCGCUGGGCGUGGUCGGCCUCAUCACGCCCUGGAACUACCCCCUGCUCAUGGCGGCGUGGAAGGUGGCUCCCGCGCUGGCCGCCGGCUGCACGGCCGUGCUCAAGCCCUCGGAGCUGGCCUCGCUCACCUGCCUGGAGCUGGCGGCCAUCGCGGCCGAGGUGGGGCUGCCGCCGGGCGUGCUCAACGUCAUCACAGGCACCGGGCAGGACGCAGGCGCGCCGCUGAGCGCGCACAAGGGUCUGGCCAAGGUGGCUUUCACCGGCAGCGCCGCCACAGGCCGCCUGGUGGCGCAGGCGGCGGCGGCCAACAUCCGGCCGGCCAGCAUGGAGCUGGGCGGCAAGAGCGCGCUGAUCGUGUUCGAGGACGCAGACAUUGAGAAGGCGGUGGAGUGGGCCAUGUUCGGCUGCUUCUGGACCAACGGCCAGAUCUGCUCCUCCACCAGCCGGCUGCUGGUGCAGGAGGCGGUGGCGCCGGCCUUCCUGCAGCAGCUCAAGAAGAGGGCGGAGGCAAUCAACGUGUGCGACCCGCUGACAGAGGGCUGCCGGCUGGGUCCCCUGGUCAGCGAGGGGCAGUACCGCAAGGUCCUGUCCUACGUCGAGGCGGGCAAGGCGGAGGGCGCGCAGCUGCUCACGGGCGGCGGCCGCCCCGCCGGCGCGCCCGGCACCGCCGGCUACUGGCUGGCCCCCACGGUGUUUGCGGGCGUGAAGCCGCACAUGCGCAUCUGGCGCGAGGAGAUCUUCGGGCCGGUGCUGUCCGUGGGCACCUUCAGCACGGAGGCGGAGGCGGUGGCGGCGGCCAAUGACAGCGAAUACGGUCUGGCAGGCGCCGUCAUCAGCGCCGACCCCGACCGCUGCAAGCGAGUGGCCGAGGCGCUGGAGUGCGGCAUCGUGUGGAUCAACUGCUCGCAGCCCUGCUUCUGCUACGCUCCUUGGGGCGGCAUCAAGAACAGCGGCCACGGCCGGGAGCUGGGCGAGUGGGGGCUGGACAACUUCCUGUCCGUCAAGCAGAUCACCAAGUAUGUGUCUCCGGAUAUCUGGGGCUGGUACAACCCGCCCUCCAAGCUCUGAAGCAGGAAGGGGCUGGGGGAGGGACCGAAGUUCUAUGUGCGACUUUGCGGGUGGGCUGAUGCGAGGGCGCGGGGAGCGAAUUGGUGUGGGCACGUUUAUUGCGAGUUGGGCGGCGGUUGAUGGGACCAAUGACAGAAUGACAUAGUAGAAACAGGCGCACCUAUCUAAAGGCUUGCAGUGCCAUGCGUAUCGCGAGGUGCUUCACACAACGUUGACACAUUUCUCAAUUGCACUGUAACAUUUUACCUGG